AUGGGGGAAGAGGUGAAGGCGGAUCGCAUCAUCGGGUACACCACUCAUCUUGAACCCGUUCGUCAGCUGCAGGAAACGGGAAAGAGGCACCCUUGCGUCCUCAUCCUUCAAGCCAUGAAACUAGAUAGAGGAUGUAAUGAGUUGAAUCCAGCAUGGCUUGAUCUCGAAGCUGUUCGCUGGGAUGGGCGGAUAGAGGAUGACAGGGCGGAUAUCAGCGACCCGUGGAGUGUAGUAGUAAUCCAAGGUGGGACCCGGCGGCGGUGGUUGAUGAUGAACCCCAUAUGCCUGCCCCUGGGGUAUUGGGUCGUUCCCCAAGAUCUGGUUUACCGGGGGAACCUGGAGAGGUAUCCCCUAGGGCGGGUUAUGUUCACCUUCCAUCUCGUACCCAUCCUCGGAAUCGCUGCUCAAGUGACCGCCUAUGCGCUCCGCUGUAGCCAGUCUAGCUCGCUGUUGUCUCCUAAGUUGGCGACAAGUGCGUUCAAGCUCCGGAUCCAAUGGCAGUAA